AUGUCACGCUUCUCUCCCGAUAAUGUCACCUACCACUCACAUGAGCACAAAUCUGGCGAUUCAGAAGUACAGAAUGAAGGAAGCUUCUCUGCUGAUGAUCAGUUACUGGCACAGCUGGGGUACCGUCCAGAACUUAAGCGUGAAUUCUCAUAUCUCACAGUCUUUGGACAGAGUUUUGGGUCCAUGGGAAUCGCACCAGCCGUUGCCGAGUCAAUCGCUUUCUCGCUCGGCAGCGCUGGAACAGUAGGAAUGGUGUGGACCUUCCUGAUUGGAUGCCUAUCAUUAAUUCCAGUGUCGUUGAGUCUGGGAGAACUCGGGAGCAGUAUGCCGACAUCGGGCGGCCUCUACUAUUGGGUAGCGCGUCUUGCCCCACCUAACCAACGAGCAUUCGUAUCAUGGCUUGCAGGAUACAUGAAUACGCUGGGCUAUAUUUCUAUUUACGCCUCCACCAUUUAUGGUGCUACCCUCCUUUUGGGUGCUGCCUGCUCUAUCAGCUCAGACGGAACAUACUUUCCGACAAAGUUUCACAACUAUGGCAUGUUUUCUUCAACCGUAUUCCUUACCUUCGGCAUGACUUGUUAUCCCACGGCCGUGCUUAACAAGCUCAACCUAUUCUACAUAUUUGUUCAGCUCGCCAUGUUAGUUGCCUUUAUCACUACCUUUCUGGUUGUCACCCCACCGGAAUUAAAGAAUACGCCCAGCUUUGUUUUUACUGAUUUUCAGAACACGGGAACUUGGACAAGCAAUGGAUGGGCUGUGAUGAUGUCAUUUCUCACGCCCGUUUGGGUAGUUUCGGGAUUUGAAUCCGCGGCCACUAUAGCUGAAGAAGCGAGCAACGCCGCAAAAGCAGUGCCUUUUGCAAUGGUCUCGGCUCUAGUUGCUGGGACCGUUACAGGAUGGGCUGUUGUCCUAACAAUUGCCUUUUGUAUGGGCACAGAUAUACCAGGCAUCAUCACAACUCCGCUCGGCCAGCCUCUGGCGCAGAUUGCCUUCAACUGUUUGGGGAAACAUGGGAGUAUAGCAAUUCUCUUAUUUCUAUGGUUCAGCUCCGUCUGUAACUGUUCCAUCUUGUUGGUAGCAGCUAGUAGAGAAACUUUUGCUUUCGCGCGUGAUCAUGGUCUUCCAGGGUCAUCUUUUCUUCGCGUCCUCUCAUCCAGCUCUGUGCCUACGCGCGCUAUAGCCUUCGUGGCGGUUGGAUCCCUUGUGGAAGGUCUUCUCAUGCUCAUCAACUCCAUUGCUAUUAACAGUAUAUUUAACCUCGGAAUUAUGGGGCUCUAUUUUGCUUACUGCAUGCCGCUGAUUCUACGACUCGUGUAUGGAAACUUCGUGCCUGGUGUUUGGUACAUGGGCGACAAGAUUUCAUACAUUUCUUCUCUCUACAGUGUUGUCUGGAUGUCAUUUGUCUUUGUGCUCCUCCUCUUCCCGUCCUACCAAAAUCCUGGACGUGAUGAGAUGAAUUAUGCAAUUGUAGUGCUAGGAUUUGUCCUCAUUUUCUGUAUUAUGUACUACUUUUGCCCAAAAGUGGGGGGAAAGACUUUUUUCACAGGACCUGUACGGACAAUCGACGAGCUCGUGAGUGUUGACAGAGAGGGAUUAGUAGGACGGAGUUAUGAAUUGAAUUCUGCUCAAGCUGCGGGUUUGAAGUAA